CUUCUUAUAACCCUCAAAAACCCUAACUUCUCCCCCAAACCACAAGUAAACACAACCAUUCUUAAGCCCUAGUCUCUCCCGAGAGUCCCCAUCACAGAAAUCAAAAACCCUCAAUCGAAAAUGGCGAAGCGUUUGAUUCCUGCUCUCAACAGGGUUUUGGUCGAGAAGAUCGUCCCCCCUUCGAAGACCACCUCUGGGAUCCUGCUCCCUGAGAAAACCACCAAGCUGAACUCUGGUAAAGUUAUUGCUGUGGGCCCCGGUGCGCGCAGUAGGGAUGGGAAUGUUAUCCCUGUUACUGUGAAGGAAGGGGAUGUUGUGCUUCUGCCUGAAUAUGGAGGGACUGAAGUCAAACUGGGAGAUAAGGAGUAUCAUUUGUUCAGAGAUGACGAUAUCCUUGGCACACUUCAUGACUGAUGCGGGAAUGUUGAGGCAACCAUUUGGUUUAGGUUAUCAUAAUCAUAAAUGUUUACUUUCAAAAUUGGGGAAUUAUGCAGUAUGCUAUUGAACUGGAAAAAGGCCCCCUCCUUUUUUUGCUGUCCCAUGAUUUGAUUAAAAACUUCCUGCGACUUUUUUUGCUACCGAGUUUUGGAAUGCUGGAUGCGCUGCGCAUAGUCAUUUAAUGGAAAGUGAGUUACUUUUCAGGUCC